AUGGGGAAAGGGUUGUGUUGUGGUGAAGUGAUUAGAUUAAGGGGGAUGAAGAUGAUGGUAAUUAUGUUGGGAGUGACAGUGACUCUAAUUAGAUGUGGGGUGCUUGUGGAGGGUGAUUUGUUCUCUAAACAGAAGAUUGUGGAAGUUGAAAGAAAAUUAACCCAACUUAGAAGACCUGCAGUUAAAACCAUUCAGAGUGAGGAUGGUGAUAUCAUUGAUUGCAUUGACAUUUACAAGCAGCCAGCGUUUGGUCAUCCUGCUCUCAGAAACCACACCAUCCAGAUGGCACCUACAUAUGAUGCAACAAAGGAGAAAAAGACAAUGGGAAAAAUGGACAGAUGGAAGAAGAGGAAUGAAGAACAAUCUCCCACUACAGUGAAGCAGACAUGGCACAAAAGUGGAAACUGUCCUCAGGGAACAAUCCCGGUCCGAAGAAUCCGGAAAAAGGAGCUUCUGAGAGCCAGCUCGGUUAAGGACCAUGGAAGAAAGAAGCACAGUUCUACCCUGUCUCGUCAUGUUUCAGAGUUUAGUGACAACAAAACUGUGAACCUUCAACGAGCAAACCACUCGGUAAAUCAAACACACACAUUUUUUAAUUAA